AUGCUUCCCAGCGCCUCGUGGGAGAGACCCGGCCAUAGAGCAGGAGAAGUGGCGGCCCCUGACUUGCUGGAUCCUAAAUCUGCCGCUCAGAACUCUAAACCGAGGCUCUCGUUCUCCACCAAACCCACCGUGCUUGCUUCCCGGGUGGAGACUGACACGACCAUUAAUGUUAUGAAAUGGAAGACGGUCUCCACGAUUUUCCUGGUGGUCGUCCUCUAUCUGAUCAUCGGAGCCACAGUGUUCAAAGCGUUGGAGCAGCCUCACGAGAUUUCCCAGAGGACCACCAUUGUGAUCCAGAAGCAGACGUUCAUUUCCCAGCACUCCUGUGUCAAUUCGACUGAGCUGGACGAACUCAUCCAGCAAAUAGUGGCAGCAAUAAAUGCAGGGAUUAUACCUUUAGGAAACACCUCCAAUCAAAUCAGUCACUGGGAUUUGGGAAGUUCCUUCUUCUUUGCUGGCACUGUUAUUACAACCAUAGGAUUUGGAAAUAUCUCACCACGCACAGAAGGGGGAAAAAUAUUCUGUAUCAUCUAUGCCUUACUGGGAAUUCCCCUUUUUGGUUUUCUGUUGGCUGGAGUUGGAGAUCAACUAGGAACCAUAUUUGGAAAAGGAAUUGCAAAAGUGGAAGAUACAUUUAUUAAGUGGAAUGUUAGUCAAACCAAGAUUCGAAUCAUCUCAACAAUCAUAUUUAUACUGUUUGGCUGUGUACUCUUUGUUGCUCUGCCUGCAAUAAUAUUCAAGCACAUAGAAGGCUGGAGUGCCCUGGACGCCAUUUAUUUUGUGGUUAUCACUUUAACAACCAUUGGCUUUGGCGACUACGUUGCAGGUGGAUCAGAUAUUGAAUAUCUAGACUUCUAUAAGCCUGUCGUAUGGUUUUGGAUCCUUGUAGGGCUUGCUUACUUUGCUGCUGUCCUGAGCAUGAUUGGAGACUGGCUCCGAGUGAUAUCAAAAAAGACAAAAGAAGAGGUGGGAGAGUUCAGAGCCCAUGCUGCUGAGUGGACAGCCAACGUCACGGCGGAAUUCAAGGAAACCAGGAGGCGGCUGAGCGUGGAGAUUUACGACAAGUUCCAGCGUGCCACCUCCAUAAAGCGGAAGCUCUCCGCAGAACUGGCUGGAAACCACAACCAGGAGCUGACUCCCUGUAGGAGGACCCUGUCAGUGAACCACCUCGCCAGCGAGAGGGAUGUCUUGCCUCCCUUACUGAAAACUGAAAGUAUCUAUUUGAACGGAUUGACGCCACACUGUGCAGGCGAGGAAAUUGCUGUUAUUGAGAACAUUAAAUAGCCCUCUCUUUGAAGAGCCCUAGGCAUAGCCAUAGGCUCAACUCCGCAGUCCUUUACCCCACAACUCCUGUUUGAAUACCAUACCUUGCUGGA